AUGCGGCGAUGCGCUACACGGCUGCUUAGUUUCCAGCAGUUGCUGUGCGGCAGCGAGUUUGUACCCGAUGAUGCCGCAGCUGUGCAGAAAGUUGCGUCAGCAUUCCGUGAGAAAUAUCCCGUUGCACCGCUUCCUGUCCCCAUAGCUGCUGGCUUGGGUCGAAGUUAUCUUUUGCAGAGGGAACCACGGCGGGUGGUGGCGUUGCUUUCUUCCCAUCCCUCUGCCCGGGAAGUAGGGACGCAGCUCAUGCAAUUAUUAUCUUCUAAAAAUGGCAUUGAGGCGAAGACUCUGUUACAAUUAGCCGACGCGCUUCGCCCGGUAUCGGUGGGCAUGUGUUGUGAGCUUCUUUGCGCCCUUGCGGAAAAGGUGGCGAAAACAGAUUACGCACGGGAGGUGAAGCAGAUGUUAAUGCGUGAAAUACGGGAGGUGCCACAUCUCUCAGGUACGCUUAUUAACUCAUUAUGCUUGCUGAGCGAUCACACCUUGGCUGAGGAUAGGCAAAAUGUUGUGGAUGCGUUUAACAUCGCUCUGCGUAAGUCAUUUGUCAGUCCAAGGGACUAUGGCGCGGUGUUGUUGUUUCUCGCUCGGGGUGGAGACCACAGGAAGGUGUUAACAUUAUGGUUGUGGAUGAGUCAUUCCUCUGCUCGCUGGGAUCAGACGGCUGCGUCCGCGGUAAUUAUAUCAGCUUCUCUCACACGGAAGAUGAAUACAGCUAUCGACGCAAUUCAUUGCCUCGCUGAAGCGAACUUAGACCCCACGGUGGAGGCUCAGAGACGGUUCAUACGUUUCUUAGCUUACCGCGUUCCCCCAUUGGCAGCUUACGCGGAACAACUGGUGACACAUUGGCAUACACCACAGCAGUUGUGGACGACCGAUGCUCGUUUAGUGGGAGUUGAGCUUCUCUAUACACACUACCAUGCGAAAAAUUAUGAACACUUGCAGGGAUGUCUACAAGUGGCGGAUGCUAGCAUUGAGGAAGCAGGUAGGAUGGCCGAGAGAUCCGAUAAUAAGGAGAGUACAGACGAGUUGAGACACAAAAUCCUCAGGAUUACUGGUAUGCCUUACAUUCUGCGGCACUUUUCUCUUGAUAUCGCCGAUGAGCCGUGGCUGCAAAAUUUUUACCGCAGUGGCAUGCGGAUGAAAGACUUGGGCGACUAUCCGCUGCUUUUAGGGGUGAUGGCAUCAUUUGCGCGACACAUGAAGGAGGAAGAGAAGUUUCUGGAGGAUAUACGCAAUAUAAAGAUGUCACCCGAGAACUUUGAGGUGACUUCAACAUUUAUCGCUGAGGACAAAUGUUUCAGGAAUGCAGAGGACACACUGCAUUUUGUUAACUGCAUGGGAGACGUCUUUUCCAUGGAGGUGCCGAAGGGUGUGGUUAACUGGUUGGAAUUAUUAAGUGAGAAGUAA